AUGUCGUCUGGCCGAAAAGACAAGCGGUGGCUCAAGUCGGUAGCCGACCCUGACUUAGUGAGCUUCUUCGAAGACUCUCAGUUCGAUGCCGGAGAGUACGCCAAGGGCUUCUUCGAGCAACGCGAGGCUAGUCACGCGGCACACAGGGUGGAAAAGCUGGAAGGACUCAAGCGCCAGACAGAGUCGGCUUUGAGGGCCGAAGUUGUCCGCAACUACCAGGCGUUCAUGCACGCCACGGAGGAGAUCCGCAGCAUGGAAGCCGGCCUCCAGACGCUGAAAGACCUCCUGGGAUCUACCGCCGUAACCUUGCAGUCGUUUCGAGGUGUUCACCUGGUUGAAACCGUUAAACCGGCGGAAAAAACGCCGGCGGCACGAUCGAACUCCCGUGCGGUGGCGGCGGCGGCGGCGGCCAGCCCAGAGGAGGACGAUGAAGACGGAGACGGACCUUCGACGUCAAGAGGACUCAAGCUGCCGGAGUGGCUGGAUCAAGCACCGAUAGAGUUGGAGGAGCUGCUGCUGGAGCGAAAACACCAGGAAGCGGCCACCUUGAUCCGGAGGGUCCGAGAUUUCUCAGCGAACCUUCAGAACGCGACCAACUUGGGGCGUGGGGUGGAGAGAAUCUUCCAGAAGGUCGAGACGAUGGCUGCGGGGAUGGCGGAGCGCCUGCUGGCCGAGAUUUCGGCGGCGAACACGCUGACGGUGUGGGGGUUCCGUGAGCACAAGAGCAACUUCGCCCUCCUCAUCUCCCUGGGCGAGAGCGAGAAGGCGGCCAUCUUCUUCGUCGGGGAGAGAAGCGCCAUGAUCAGGCGUUCCCUCAGGCUGGUGGAGGUUACCGCGGACCCCCUCUCUUACGUGGGGGUCCUAUCGGAGACGUUCUUCGGACAGGUGUUGGACGCGGUGUCGGCGUUCCUGAAACUGUUCUGCAAGUCCGCGAGGAUCCACGAGCGAAGAUCCAUCAAGACCGGAAAGUCUACCGCCUACUACCAGGUGUAUCAAGGGGUUAAGGACUGCGGGACGGCUCCCUUCUGCAGGCUGGUGGUGUGGGUCAACCAGCAGAUCGACCAAUACGCGGUGCUCAUGGGAAGGCAGAUCAGGGCGAUCACGAUGGGUCCUCAGAGAAUCACGCGGGAGCAAUCGAGCAAGAAAAGCGGGGCGGCGGCUUCCAGCGGCGAAGACGCGGGGUUCAGACUGGGGCCGGUGGCGUCCAGCUUAUUCAGCAUUGUGUCGCUGAUGCUGGAGGAAGGCUUUGCGGCAGCAGCGGCCCUCAAUACCAUGGGCUUCCCGGUGGGGGUGCAGCUAGCCUCGAGGCUCGUGCCUGACGUCACGCACUUCCUGGCCUCCUACAUCGACAGCGUCAAAGACAACCUGGUGGAUGCUAUUCGAAAGGACCCCUUCGUGGGCGUUUCUUGCCCGCUGGUUCGGCCGGAGGCUCUUUGCGUCGGCACGCAAGAGGAGGAAGACCAACAGGCGAAGCGGGCUCAGCUGACCUCAAGCGCGAGGAUUCUUGUCCUCGAGCUGCGGGACAUCUUGGACUACGCGCUGGUGUUGCUGGAACCGCCGCCGCCCGAGCCGGAGGCGUUUUCGGCCGAGGAUGCGGGGGUGUCAUCCCCUGGUUCCGUCGAAGAGGAACCUCCCGAGGCGGCUUCGUACUACACUCGAGACGAGUUCCUCGAGCUGGAGCCUGUGAUCGUCACCAGCCUCGACAAGCUCUUGCGAACGUACCUCAAGGAAACGCUCGCUUGCAUGAGGGCCAGGAGGGACGAGCUCUCCUCGAACCAGAGCGUGGCGGUGGUGAACAACCUGGCGGAGAUCGGGGGGAGCUACGUGCCCCUUCUGGCGGCGUGGUGCGCGCAGCUUCUUCCUGAGAUCGCGAACGAGGAAGAGGUCUCCAACCUCCGAGACCUGAGGUCAGAGUUCCAGCGGUCCGCCCAGAACCCCCUACGAGCGAGGGAAAUUGCCUCCUCCAGCGGGGGAUCAUCUUCCACGGCUGGCCGGCUACCCUCCGCAGCAACCGGCACCCUGGUCGCGGCCGCGGCCGCCGCGCAGGCUACUACCACCGCUUCUUCUGCUGGCGCCGGUAGCAGGUCGAGGAGAUCAUCUUCGUCCGGGGGGGGGGCGAGCGGGACGCCUCCGAUUGGCGGGGCUGGGGUCCCGUCGUCUUCGUCAUCGUCAUCGCAGAGGAGAGCAUCCGGGGGGGGUGCGUCGGACGGGAUCGUCAAGGCCCCCUCCGGUAGCGCUGCGCCUUCCGGCCGUCCGAGCGGCGGAGGGUCUGAGAGGAGGAGCAGCGGAGGCGGUGGGUCUGAGAGGAGGAGCAGCGGAGGCGGUGGGUCUGAGCGGAGAAGCAGCGGUGACGGCAGCGGUAGUAGGGCCUCGGCGGCAACGGCGUCCUCUUCCUCGGGUGGUGGCGGUGGCGCCAGGAGCGGCUCGCUCCCUCAUGGGGAUGCGUCUCGCGACAAGAUUCCUUCGCUGAAGCAGUCUCUCACCAACCGCGCUUCCUUCUCAAAGCCCUCCGGCGGUGCCUCGACGGCUGUUCCUGUCACCACCGGGCGAAUCUCGGUGACCUCCACAUCGUCUUCGGCGACGGCUUCCAGCAGCGCAACCCCCGUGUCCGCCUCCGCGCUCGCCGACGCCGCCGCGGCUCGAGCGGCCCAAGCCGCAGCCGCGGCGAGCGCCGCCAGCUCCGGCAACUUCCGGUCCUCGUACGUGUCGGGCAACAGCAGCGGCGCCGGGGGCGGGAGCGCCGGGGGCGGCGCCGGGGGCAGCCGAGGGGGUGACGCGGGGGGGGCGAUGUCGGGGGGGGGUUCCCAGCGGAGGCCCACCCUCACCCUCAAGGCGGCCAGGGAGGCGGCGCAAGCGAAGGCCAAGGCCGCCGCGGAGGCAAAAGCGGCACGCGGCGGAAAAUAAUAGUACAGCACCCAUUUUGCGACAACGCCGUUGGUUUGUUCCUGUUGUACAGUCGUGGCGCCGAUAAAUGCGGCCACCUUAUGAGAGGGGGCUCCGAUAUAUGAGGGUCAAAAUCUGUUGUCACGGACUCAGCCCACCAUAGCAUAGUUGGGUACCCUCUUCGUCCUGUAUCAAAGAGGGGAGUUCAAUUUAAGAGGGUCGAGGGCCUUUGUCAUACGACCCUCUUACAUCGGAAACACGAGUGUAUUUAAAUAGUACAACGCUCCAGUCUCUGUUUUCGGUAUCGUCCCGGCUGGCGUAAAGACGUAGAAUCAUCGUUGAGUGCAACCAUGUGGGUGGUCUUGUUGUUGUUGACUCUGUCGUUGUUGUUUUACAUUCGAAACCGGUCUCUUUCGCUAGUACCUUCUAGCAUCCACGCCGGUUGAAAGUUAUUGUCGUUGUGUUCAGAUUAGGAACCGUUUCGUUCUUUCGCUCAGCACCUUUAAGCAUCCGUACCGGUCCAACUGACCUAGAAUACUCGGGAAGGUGUUGACGUGGCGUAGAAUGCUCGUUGGUGAGCGUGUAUGGCGAGUAAAAUGCCCACUAACAUGUGGUAAGCAUUUGCUCUUGCGGUAGUAUUCAUACCGUUGUGUUUGGACGUUACUUUUUUUUUCUAUUUCGAUAUCCGAUAAACGAGAGGACUGUACAAACAGAGCGUCUACAUCCGGGUGUUGUCUGGUUGUGUAGUCCUUGUGUCGUGUGAGAGCUUGCCCGUAGAUGACAGAAGACGUCACACCCCCUGGACCGAUUUUCAAAGCCCGCUUACUCUACAGGAGAGGAGAGUGGCGGCGCCGAAUGGCGGCGUUGGAACAAUCUAUCUCUCCGGACGCUUUCCGAUAACGCAUCGUUCGAUUUGACGUACGUCCUCUUUGUGUUGCGUUAUCAGGCUUUGAAAACCGGUCCAAGGGAAAAACCGGUCUAGGGUGGACGGUAUCUUCCGUACGCAACCUACGGUAGGCGUAACGGGUGG